GUCAGCUUUUCAGGUAUUGAUUCAAAAAAAUGUCAGCAGCAGUAUAAUGUAGUUAUAUACAGGCUUAUAUGUUACUGUACACUUGGUUUUUUUAAUUUUAAUACCGGCCUCCAAUUACAGCGCGCAUCUCUACUCAAGGCAAGCGCCGGCUGCAAUUGAGGGACCGACUGCCAGUGAGAAACGCAGAGACACAGACACACACACAAUACGUUCGCGACUUUCCGGCCGUUAAGUAAAAAGCACCACCCGAGCGUGCGAAUGCACCGCGUAUUUGAGGUUUUUCAUUUUUUUCACAAAAGACGCGGCAGGCUGUCGGAAGGGACUCUCCGCCUUUGUAAAACCACCGCAAAACGUCGACGGUCCCCCACACGGGGAAACGCACGCGCCUAGUUCCCUAGCGACCAAUGGCGGAGAGGCGGGGCGUGCCUGUCGCCGAAUCGCCGUGUUCCGUGUGAAAACUUUGCCGGUCCGGGUGCAAAGUUUCAACCCGUCUGCAAACGGCGGAGCGCUGGAAUAUGUGUCCGCGGUGCUCGCUCUUCGUCAGCGCGUUCCCGCUCUCCUCGGCCGACUCGCGUUGUUAUAUAGAGAAAUAGGAGAAUUGUGGCGCGUUCAUAGCCGCACGACAAUUAAGGGCACGCCGUGCGUUUUCAAACACCUCGCUCUCGUCUUCAGCUCAGCUCUCUCUCUCCCGCUCGAGUCGAGUCGAGCGCACUGCUGAGGGGGAAAAAUGGCUUGCGAGCCCAACCGCGUCCGCCUGCUCUUCAUGCUGUCGCUGACAUUCGGCUUCUUUGUCGUGGAGGUGGUGGUCAGCCGAGUCACGUCGUCUCUGGCCAUGCUGUCGGACUCCUUCCACAUGCUGUCGGACGUGAUCGCCCUGGUCGUGGCGCUGGUGGCGGUGCGCUUCGCCGAGAAGACGCAGGCGACCAACAAGAACACGUUCGGCUGGAUCCGGGCGGAGGUGAUGGGCGCCCUCGUGAACGCCGUCUUCCUCACGGCGCUCUGCUUCACCAUCGUGCUCGAGGCCAUCGAGCGCUUCACUGAGCCGCAAGAAAUCGAGAGCCCGCGGGUGGUCAUCGGGGUCGGGGCCGCGGGGCUCCUCAUCAACUUGCUGGGGCUCUGUAUGUUCCACGGGCACGCGGGGGGCGGCGGGCACGGGCACUCCCACGGAGGCCAUUCGCACGGCGGUAAGAAGAGCAAGAGGGGGAAAGCGUGCAAGUCGGAAAAAAGCCCCUGUGGCGGCGGCGGCGGCGGCGGAGGAGCGUCGGGCGAAGAGACCAACAUCCUGGUGGCGAAGUGCAACAGCAGCCCGAACGGAGUGAACCCCGAGAAGGCGGACAAACCCGCCCUCUCUCCUACAGACAUCCAGCAGCCAGACAGCCUGGAGGUGCAGAUGAACGGCAGCGCGCCCUACGAGGAGCUCGAACAGAGCUCGGAUUCUGCCUCCCAGCUCAACAUGCGUGGGGUCUUCCUUCAUGUGCUGGGAGAUGCAUUGGGUUCUGUCAUUGUGGUGGUGAACGCUCUCAUCUUCACCUUUGUGUGGCAACCCUGCCAACCGGGAGAGCCUUGUGUGAAUCCCUGUGCCAAUGGACAUUGCACUGACCACCAGCACGUGAACCAGACUUUGGUGGAUGUGCUGGGCAAUGGCACUCGGCCUGUGCUCUCAGCCGGGCCCUGCUGGGUGCUCUACCUCGACCCUACACUAUGCAUCAUCAUGGUGUGUAUCCUGCUGUACACUACCUAUCCCCUGUUGAAGGAGUCGGCGCUCAUCCUGCUGCAGACGGUGCCCAAGCAGAUAGACAUGCACCAGCUCAAUGAGAAGCUCCAGAGGCUGGAGGGUGUGCUGGCGGUCCAUGAGCUUCACAUCUGGCAGCUGGCUGGCAGCCGCAUCAUCGCCACGGCCCACAUUAAGUGCCACGACCCGGCGUCCUACAUGGAUGUUGCCAAACGCCUCAAAGACUUCUUCCACAAUGAGGGCAUACAUGCCACCACGAUCCAGCCUGAGUUUGUCACCGUCAACUCGGAGUCCCGCAUCUCGCUGUGUGAGCUGUCGUGCCGGACCCAGUGUGCUCCCAAGCUGUGCUGUGGUGCCAACGAAAAAGUUGGGCCCGAGAAGAAGGCUGACCCUGCCAGGGCGCCGGUGUUGGAUGUCAUCAGUGAGUCUCAGGAGAGCUCAUCCCGGGAGCAGGCCCCUUCGAACGCGAGCAUCCAGGUGGUUGCCAGGCAGGACUUCGAGGUGGUUGUACCAAGAGAGGUCGAGUCCUCAUUGUAAGGAGGCCUGCAGAGGCAGCAGAGAGACGACAUCCCACACUUGUUCGUAGAGCUCUUGCUUGUAAUUUCCAUGCCGGUUAAGCCUUCUCUGCCCUGGGUCCUCACCCUGACAGAACUGCAUUUGCAGUACCGUGGUAAUCCACGUUAGGUCACCUCUCACCCAGCCACAAUGAGGGCCAGCUGUCCGUGCUUCAUUUUUACUACACUGGAACAUUGUUGGACCAGAGUGGUUGUGCCAAAGCAUCUCAGCAUACUACAUGGCGGACUCUUUUCUGCUGUGGGGACAAAACGGUAACAAGAACACACACCUCAAUGCACACCUGCAGGUUUUAGUGUAAGAAGCUUGUAUUUUUUUUUUUUUCCUCCUCCCCUUGGACCUUUUGUUAAAGUUUAUUUAAUUUUUUUUUUAGUAGGCUUUGCACAGUAUCUUUGAGCCAUUAGCCCCUAUUGAAAAUUAUUUUAUGGAAAAUAAUUUAUGUAUUUAAGUUAUUAGUUAUCUGUAUGUAGAUGCUUUUAAAAUUUAGCUCCGAUGUUAGAAUCUCAAGUUUGCUGCCUCUGGUAUUGGACUCUAGCAUAAAAAUAUCUGUUCUGUAAUGUUAAAUUUGAGAAGUGAUGUUUUCAAAGUGCUGUUUGUGUACUUGUUUUCUUGCCUUGAGAUUCACUCUUUCACAUUGUUUCUGGUCCACAUGUUUUCCCACCAUGCCUUUAACUGAAACUACUUUAAAUAGCACUGAAAAUGGUUAGCUACGUAUUUGUUAUUUAGUAGAAGUGGCAAAAUUAUAUAUUUGAAAAUCAGAUGCCUUGCAUAUAAUUGAAAUGCAUUCAAACAUCUGAAUGAACUGGAUAAAGAGUCUGCUGCCUCUGGUGUUUAAUGUACUGUACCAGAGAGCUCAUUAUGUGUGGGUGAAUUAUAUUGUUGUACUACUCCAAAAUGAAUGUUCCAGAAAGCAAGCUUGUGAAAUUCACUCUUAAGGGUUUUACUACUUAUUUAAAGUAUCAAAGUACUAUUUUGCAUGACCAAACUGACGUGUGUCGUGUGAGUCGGUGAUCUGUAGAAGAAGCCCUAUGACUCCAAAGGUGCUAAAGGGUACUACUUUGUUACUCAGACAGGGGAAAACAUCCCCCUGAAGCAGGGUUUUCAAUCCAAAAGAGAAAUGUACUUUUUUCUUUUUUUUUCCUCCUUCUCUGUGUUGUUAUUGAGGGUGUUUGAAUUUUGAUGUUAGUCAGAUUUUGUGUGCUGAAUUCAAUCAUUUUAGUGGCCUUUUUAAAGCUUUGAGAGCUGCAUAUUCUAUCUGUUGUGAAAGGAUGUAGGCUAUUGUUUGAGUGAUGAUCCUUGGAUGCAUUACAGAUUUUCACCCAAAUGUAUGCAGUGUAGAAAAUAUCUGGAAGCGCAACUUGAGAUGAACCUCCAAAAGAA